UCUAUAAAUGGCAGCAACCAUUUCUCCAUAACCUUGAGUUCUAUUCCAUCGCAUUCAUUCAUUCACUUUGCACAAGAAACUAACGAAGCAGCUAGCUACCUUUGAGAGAAGAGAAACACAGACACAACCAAUCACCUUCAACUUCAUCUUCCAUCAACAAAUCAAAGCACUGUAUUCCAUCGUAACAAUGGUGAAGACGGAGCAGAGGAUUCUUCAGCUGCCUUCAGAGGUGACAUCAUCGAAAACAACAUCGACAUCUUCUUCUUCUUCUUCUUCUUCCUCAGCAUGCAAGAAGAAGUUUAAGGGAGUGAGGAUGAGGAGCUGGGGCUCUUGGGUUUCAGAGAUUAGGGCUCCAAACCAAAAAACAAGAAUAUGGUUAGGCUCAUAUUCUACUGCUGAGGCUGCAGCGAGAGCCUAUGAUGCUGCCCUACUGUGCCUCAAGGGCUCCUCAGCCAACCUCAACUUCCCCACCACUGCCUCCUCACAUUUUAUCCCCCAAGAAAUGACAGUCAUGUCCCCCAAAUCCAUCCAAAGAGUGGCUGCAGCCGCUGCCAAUAGUUUUGUUCUUGAUAAUAAUGCCGCUACCACCACCGCAAACAUUGCCUUGCCACCAUCGGCCCCUCCUCAAUCUACUUCUUCCUCAUCUUUGGUCUCGUCUCCCUCGAUGUCGUCCUCGCCGUCCAGUAACCUCAUCGACGACGACAUGUCAUCGCUGAUGGGUUCAUUUGGGGGGUCCUACACUCCCACUUACUAUGAUCAAUCAAACGAUCAAUUACCAAUGUUUAGCAUGGACUCAUGGAACAACUUCGACCAAAUGUUCGAUGGCGCCUUGAAUCCACAUCCACAUAUGAUGUAUGACUUAUAUGAGGAGAGUGACAUUCGCUUGUGGAGCUUCUGCUGAUCGACGAUGAUGAAAAUUAUUAUAUUCUUUAUAAUCUCAAUCAUUCAUAUAUUCAUUCAUGAUCUUCCAAGCCAUUGCUUGAAGAUUUUACUGACAGUGACACAAAUCAUAUACGUUCUAUGAGUGAGUGAGAUAGGUGAAUUAGAAAUUCCAAAGGGGAGAUCAGAUGUGAGACAUUUUUUUGGACUCUAUCUCACAUGGCUUUCUAAUAUAUUAUAUAUAUUUGUAUUUA